CUCACUACUGGCGGAGGAGGGGGGUAGAGAUCAGCUCAGUCCGAGUCUCAGUAACAGGCGCACGGCAGGAGAGGAGCUCGCUGCCAGCUUCGGGAUACUCUUCAGUCUCCGGACAAAGUGAAUCCGCCAGAUCUGCGAGCAGCCAACACGGUCCAUAAUCCCAUAAACCAGCCGUGACUCUACAGGAAACCUACAGAAAGCAGAAACGGACAGCUCUGUGCUCAUUUCAGUCCCAGCCUCACCGUCCUCUUAAUAUUAUAUUAUUAUUAUUAUUAUUAUUAUUAUUAUUAUUAUUAUUCUGUGUUUUUGCUUUUUGACGUUUUCAGUUUUGACCGCGACGCGUCUACAUCAUUAUUUUUGAAAGACUGCCCAGCUGAAGAAGUCAAACUUUUCAAAACCAAUUUAAACAUUUGCGCAAGGAUGAGGCUGCUGCUUGGACACCUGGGCCUCUGCCUGGUUCUGGCCGUCGGCACCGGAGCCCAGAAGCUGCCCACCAGAGAUGAGGGGCUCUUCCAGAUGCAGGUGCGAGAGAAGGCGCUGUUCCACGACUCGUCCGUGAUCCCUGACGGAGCCGAGAUCAAUGGAUACCUCUUCAGGGACACACCAAAAAGGUACUACUUUGUGGUGGAGGAGGACAACACGCCGCUGUCGGUGACGGUGACGCCGUGCGACGCGCCGCUGGAGUGGCGGCUCACGCUGCAGGAGCUGCCCGAGGACUCCAGCGGAGAGGCCUCUGGCGAGCCAGAGCCGCUGGAUCAGCAGAAGCAGCAAGCCAUGGCAGAGGAGGAGGAAGGGGCGGAGCUCUUCGCCUAUAAAGGCAACGACGUCGAGUCCUACAUAGCCACCAGCUCGCCAUCUGGCCUGUACCAGUUGGAACUUGUCUCCACUGAGAAGGACAGCAGCUUCAAGCUGUACGCCACCACUACCCCUGAGUCGGAUCAGCCAUACCCAGAGCUGCCCUUCGAUCCCCGGGUGGACGUCACCUCCCUUGGCCGUACCACGGUGACGUUGGCCUGGAAGCCAACACCCACUGGCUCCCGUCUGAGGCAGCCAGUGCAGUACUGUGUGGUGGUCAACAAGGAGCACAACUUUAAGAGUCUGUGCGCUGUCGAGGCUAAGAUUGGGGGAGAUGAUGCCUUCAUGGUGGCGCCCAAGCCCGGCCUUGACUUCAGCCCCUUCGACUUCAUCCACUUUGGGUUCCCCUCGGAGAAUGACCUUGGCAAGGGUCGCUCCUUCACCUCCAACAAGGCCCUGAGUAACAAGAUCUCCCGCUCAUACAUGGCUAAGCCCAAAGCGGACAUCCAGAAGAUCUGCAUCGGCAACAAGAACAUCUUCACCAUGGCCGACCUGAAACCGGACACACAGUACUACUUUGACGUCUUUGCCGUCAACACUGCCAGCAACAUGAGCACAGCCUACGUGGGCACCUUCGCCCGCACCAAGGAGGAGGCCAAGCAGAAGACGCUGGAGCUCAAGGACGGCAAGGUCACCGACAUCUUCAUCAAGCGAAAGGGCAGCAAGUUUCUGAGGUUUGCUCCUGUAUCCUCACACCAGAAAGUCAUGUUCUAUGUCCACUCCUGCCUGGAUACGGUUCAGAUCCAGGUCCGGAGGGACGGGAAGCUGGUCCUCUCCCAGAACGUCGAGGGGGUGCGGCAAUUUCAGCUCCGAGGUAAAGCUAAGGCUAAGUACCUGGUGCGGCUUCGAGGAAGUCGCAAGGGGGCUUCCAUGCUGAAGCUCUUGGCGACGACCCGGCCCAACAAGCAGCCCUUCCCGUCCCUGCCUGAGGACACGCGCAUCAAGGCCUUCGACAAGCUCCGCACCUGCACCUCCGUCACCGUGGCCUGGCUCGGCACACAGGAGAGGAACAAAUUCUGCGUCUACCGGCGCGAGGUUGACGACGCCUACGGUGAAGAACACCGGCGGCGCGAGCAGAACCAGUGCACUGGGCCUGAGACCCGCAAGAAGUCCGAGAAAGUCCUCUGCAAGUACUUCCACAGUCCAAACCUUCAGAAGGCCGUCACCACGGAAACGAUAAAGGGCCUGGAGCCGGGCAAGUCCUACCUGCUGGAUGUUUACGUGGUUGGCCAUGGCGGCCAUGCGGUCAAGUACCAGAGCAAACUGGUCAAAACGAGGAAGUUUUGUUAAUGACUUUGUAAAUAAUAAAUAUAUUAUAUAUAUUAAAAAAAGAAGUUUAUUUAACUCUAAGCGAUAUUCUACUAAGGAGUGUAUACGGACUGACUACUCACACAGCUUAAGGCCUGUGACAGUAUUGGAACUGUUUAGAGAUCGAUGUGUACAUUUAUGUUUACAUAACCCUGCGGUCGUUCUGGACAGUUUGGACAGCGGGUUUUUGUUUUUCGGCCUGGGCGCACCACCGCCACUGAUUGAUGUGGGUGGGAGGACUCGUUGUCUCGUGUUCCUUCGUCGCUGCAUGAGUACCGCUUCCUGUUUUAGUCCGUCCGGUUUCCUUAGCGGAACAUUCUGGAAAACCCGCUAGGCUGUACCCUCGGCCCCCGUCGCUAUCCAUGUACGCGGUAUGUCCACAGUACACAUUAGAAGACUUUAAAUUAUUUCAUACAUCUGUUUUUUUUUUAAAUAUUAAUUAUUAUUAUUAUGCCGAUUUAAGAAAACGGUAAAUCUAUGAAGUAUGAUCGAUGUUUGGACGCGCUGUUGUGUCUAUCAUCCUGUUUUGUAAAUGUCUCUUUCCUGUGAUGAAACUCUGUGUUUUACUACUAUGUCUCAAAUGUACAAAGUUGUCCUGGCAAUAUCCAUGUACAUAAAAACUAAAUACAUAAAAUGUCCAAA